GAUCUUUCUGCUCAUGAUUGGUGGAGCUUUUGGAACAGAGUGGAGUGUGAAGUACAACCAACAGGAAAUAUGUGCUUUAAAAGGAUCCACAGUGUUUAUGAAUGGAACUUAUACUCACCCAGAACGUCUUACAGUCACAGAGACUUUUUGGGGUAUAGACAUAGUUAAGGGUGUGGAGCUGACUGAUCUGAGUAAAGACCCAGAUUAUUCAGGCAGAGUUGAGUAUUUAACUGAUGAACAGAAACACUUCUCCUUCAAACUGAGUGAUGUAAUGAAGAAGGAUGAACAUCAGUUCUGCUUCAGAAUCAGAACAAAUGAAGAAAAAGAAAAAUGGGCAGCUACACCUGGAGUUCAGCUCAGAGUUACAGAGCUCCAUGUUGAAGCUCCUGAAGAAGUGACAGAGGGAGAAACAGCAGAUCUGACAUGUAAAACCACCUGCAGUCUGACUGACCCAACAUUCAUCUGGUACAAAAAUGGACAUCCUUUAACCACAAAGACCAUCAAGAACAACCAGCUCCACCUGCAGACAGUCAGCAGUGAGGAUGCAGGCAGUUAUAGCUGUGCUGUAAGAGAAUAUCAACACCUCCACUCUACUGAUGAAAUGCUCUACAGCACCAUUACGCACAAACCUGUAGAGGCUGCUGCUUCUGCUGAUGCUACAGGUGGGAUUCAGAAUAAUGACAUGACCAGCACUGACCAGCAGGAGGAGCCACAAUAUGCCAGUCUUACAUUCCUCCACCGAACUGCUGCCACUGGGUCACCAACUCAGAAUGUAGAAGAUCCCUCAGUGAUUUACAGCACAACCAUAAGAGCAGCCAAACGAGAGUACAGAGCUAAAGUGGAGUCACAGUUCAACACCACCAACAUAAGAAGCCUGUGGGAGGAGUUAAACACAAUAACGGACUUUAAGAGGGAAACUCGUUCUGUGAAUAACAUCAGCGCUGCACUUCCAGACGAGCUGAACACUUUCUACGCCCGUUUUGAGCUGAAACUGGCCAGCGGGGCCACCCAGGACUCCAAUUCCCAGAACUCCUUGCUCCAUCACAUGACUCAGGACUUGUUGCUCUUGUCAUAUCAAAAACAUGACAGAACACCAGAGGGUGCCUGUGAGCAAGUCCUCAUUGAAGAGGGGUGA